CCCUCUCCCCCAUCUUUUUGCUCUCCAUCCCUCUCUUGUCCAGACAGGCUGCUCGCAUGGCGGGGAUGGAGACGUUCACCGAUGGAAGCACUGAUAUCAGGAUGUCAAAGCCAGGAGAGGUGGAGAAAGUAGGGGCUGACUCACCGUUGGAGGGCACAGAUUCAGAGCGGAAUGGACCUGAAUCAAAUCACCAGGCUCAGUCAAUGAAAGUCAAUCCCUUUCCUCUUUCACCGAACCUGAGCAGCAGCAAGAAUAAGAUGGAGGAAUGUGGUGAGAUGUCUCCGGCCCUUCCUCUCUCUCACGGCCCGACCCCCUCACAGACGGCCCUGCAACACACGCAGCUCAUGCUGACCGGCUCCCAACUCGCAGGGUUGACAGCUCUAUUGCCAGCACAGCAGCAGUUGUUGCUGCAGCAGGCUCAGGCCCAGCUCCUGGCUGCAGCUGUGCAGCAGUCCAGCGCAGCCCAUGCCGCUCACGCUGCGCACGCAGCUGCCCAGGCCAAUCAGCAAGCUCAGGCAGCCGCAGCCGCAAAUCAGCAAGCCCAGCAGCAGCAGCAUCAGCAGCAGGUGGGACAAGCAGGGCAGCAGGCCCAGCAGCAGUCCCAGGGACAGGGACAGAGCACACAGGAGCAGACCGCCCAGAGUGUCCCUGUCCCACCUCCGCCACCCCAGCUUGCCCUCUCCCAGCCAAUCCAGCUCACCGCCCAGGACAUCCAACAGCUGUUGCAGAUUCAGCAGUUGGUGCUAGUGCCUGGCCACUCGCUCCCGUCUCCCGCCCAGUUCCUCCUCCCACAGGCACAGCAAGGCCAGCAAGGACUCCUAUCGACACCAAAUCUUAUUUCGCUACCUCAGCAAAACCCAGGGAGCCUGCUGUCUGCUCCGACCAGAAUGGGACUCCAAGCACAGCGAGAUAAAAGUAUGGAGGUGAGCGGUGGCGGAGGCAUGACCACGGUUACCUCAGUGACCUCUCACCCCGAGGAGCCCAGUGACCUGGAGGAGCUGGAACAGUUCGCCCGCACUUUCAAACAAAGACGCAUCAAACUGGGCUUCACUCAGGGAGAUGUUGGUCUGGCUAUGGGGAAGCUGUAUGGCAAUGACUUCAGUCAGACUACAAUCUCCCGCUUUGAAGCCCUCAACCUGAGCUUUAAGAACAUGUGCAAAUUGAAGCCGCUGCUGGAGAAGUGGCUCAAUGAUGCAGAGACCAUGUCCAUAGACAGCACCCUGCCCAGCCCCAGCUCCCUGUCGUCUCCCUCUAUGGGCUUUGACGGGAUGCCUGGUCGCCGCAGAAAGAAGAGAACCAGCAUUGAGACGAAUGUACGUGUGGCCCUGGAACGCGCAUUCAUGACGAACCAGAAGCCUACCUCAGAGGAGAUCCUGCUGAUCGCAGAGCAGCUCAACAUGGAGAAGGAGGUGAUCCGGGUCUGGUUCUGCAACCGCCGGCAGAAAGAGAAACGCAUCAAUCCCUCCAGUGCCACCCCUCCCCUGCCCAGCCAGGCCCCCACUGCCCCACCGACGCACAAACCGCCCUGCUACAGCCCUCACAUGAUGUCCAGCCAGCUGUCGCAGGCCGUGACCAGUCUCAGCACAACAGUGACCACCAUGUCCCCCGUAUGCCCCCUGACCUCCAGCCUCACCUCCACCCACCCCUCCCUCAGCUCCGCUCCUUCCCCAGUGACUCCUCCUCCUCCUCCCCGCAGCACGGCCAGCCCAGCCACUCCCAGCCACAGCACACUCAACCUGAACACAGGCUUAUGGCGUAUGGGUAAAAAGAACGGUGACAUGUCUAGCUACAUCACCGAUUUUGCUGCAAACUUGAGGAACACUGUGAUGGGAGUUAACACAGGGAUGAACCAAGCCCUCCUCGGUAACAAUCCCCUGGCCACUAUCCAAGCCCUAGCAGCCAGUGGUGGCCAGCUGCCUCUUUCCAGUCUUGAGGGGGCCAGCAAACUGUUGCUGGGGGCCUCAGGGGGCCAAACAGGAGGCCUCCACUCCUCCCUCUUCCUCAACCAUCCGGCCCUCCUCCACAUGAGCCAGAACCCUGCCGCUGGACUGCUCAGCGCCGCCGUAGCCAAAGCCUCCAAGCCCUCUCCUUUCCCGUCCGCCAGCAGCAUCAGCCCCACCCCUUGCUCCCCUUCCCCUUGCUCAAGCCCUGCCUCUUCCUGUUCCUCCAGCGAAAUGGCACACAGCCCGCCCUCUCUGGGUGGAGCCAAGAUUGAGUGACCACGCCACGGGCCAAUCAGAGAGGGGGAGGAAGGAGGAAAACGUGAACCUCGCCUUUCACACCAAAGCUAACUCUUUCUCUCUCUUGAGCUCUUCUUCCGUUAAUUUUUCGCAAUGGCUCUCUUUCUCUUUCUCUCCUGGUCUUUCGAUGCCAAAAAUACACAGAAUGAAAGAGGAGAGAAGGAGGGAGGGAAGUGAAAGAGGGGAGAAGGGGGGAAAAGGGAAAGAUUGAAACCAAAAAUCUUUAUCUAUCCAAACAAAUGGAGAGGAGGCAGCGUGGGACCUUUUAGUUAAUAACAGGUGAUAUCGACAUGGCGCCUCACCGCUCUUUCUCUCUGAAGGAAAACAAACCAAUGACUCUUUAACGAAGAGGCAGAAGAGACGCAUGUCGGGAUGCAGAAACCAAAAAUGACAAAAGAUAACUUUACUAUGUGACAAAGGAAUGGCAGCAAGGACAAAAACUGGAGGACUGUGCUUAGUUUCCUUUUUUUAUCGUUUUGAAAAGCUGCGGGUCUGAAGGAAGAGGAGAAAGGAGGAUAAGUUUAAACCAAAAAUUUACCUGAGGAGGAGGUGGAAGAGGAAUACACAAAAAAAACGACAACCAUACCAAAAUCCCAAAUACCAAAAACCAAAAAUACGGAGAGAAAAGCUUUAUUCAAAGGACGUGUAAAUACUGAAGCUAUCCAGGACCAGGACUCUACUGCUACUGCUACUCACAUAGACACACACACGCAAACACACACGUCAAGAGCCAACCCAUCCAUUCUGCCAUCGACUCAUCCUGUCUGUGUCCGCCCAUGUGUCUCUUCUAGGUUUUCAUUUUUAGAUAUUUUUUGUAAAAGAUUGUUGCUGAUCGAGUGAAACGCUCGUAAAAUGAAUGAUGCCAGUAUCUUCAUGUGUUAGUCUCUUUACCUACCUCUGGUUCUAAGAGCAUAGAUUAGCUUUAAUCUGUCCUUUUUUAAUUUCAGAUUACCUUGACAGAGGUUUGUAAACCAGUAUGUGUUUUUUACACUCUGAGAAGUACAGUUUGACCUGUUUUUUUACUAUUUAUUAGGGUCAUUUUACAAUACAGCUUCUAUUUAUUGUUGCAGCAUUUUAGAGUUUUGAUCGUCAUCAGUGUCAUCAUCACCAUCAUCGUCGUCCUCAUCACUAUACAUUCAUGUUGUCAUCAUGCAUCCUUUCUGUUUCUCGAGGUGACUUUUCUGCAGGAACAGAGAUGACGAAAGUGCAAAGAUGCUCGUCUCACCAAGUGCCGUAGAUCCAAAAUAGAGCUGGCACACCACGAGUCAAUUUCAAGGUGUGAAUGAAUUUAUUAAGACGUUAACAUGUGACACUUUGUGCUCUUAAUCAGACCGAUCUGUCCUCACUCUUUAAGAUAACCCAUUAUCGCUGACUCCGUGGCUAAAUAAACACGCCCUGGGAAACUUCGCACACUGUAAACAACGUUUGUUAAGAGUGGGCGACCAUAUUGAAAGUAUGAAAUAGGGCUGUGAUUGGAGAUCUCAAGUGAUAACUGAUGAGAUUUGAGGUUAAAUAAGUCAAUAAAGCCAAGUUUAGUCACAGCCGGCUCUCACGCCUGCUGACACCUGUCUGUCUA